UUUGUCGUUUGUCGCCCGUCGUCGUUUCUCGUCGUUUGUUGUUUCUCCCUACGUUCGUUGUUCGUUGAUCGUCGUGUCGCCAUAUCCACCUUCUUUAUCCAAAUCGUCGAUUCCCUUUUGUGCUCUUUUUUUUUCGUUCUUCCUUCUUGCAAUUAAACAAGAAUUUUUUUGAAACAACGACAAGAAGAGAAAUAAAGUGUACUAGUGAGUGUCCCAAACAAAAAGCAAGCAAAAAAAACAACAAAAACAAGUACCUGUAGAACAAAAACAAAAUAAAGCAUCUAAAAAAUUGAAACUCAAAACUAGAGAGAUCCCUUUUUUUGGAGAGAUCGCCGUGGGAAACCCUUUCUGCAUGACGCACUUGGUUGUUUGAAACGGUUAUGUGAUGAGAUACGACGUCCAGGAGCUGCUACUUCAUCAGUCUGCUGAGGAUCCAUUCGCCAGGUUCGCCAAUGGGAUGGCAUAUCAUCCAUUUCUGCAGCUAACGCAACGACCCACUGACUUCAGCGUUUCCUCGCUGUUGACGGCGGGUAGCAACAAUAACAACAACAACAACAACAGCAGCAGCAACAACACCAACAGCGGAAACAACAACUCCAGUUCCAACAACACCAAUUCAAGCACCAACAAUCUCGUGGCCGUUUCACCAACGGGUGGUGGUGCGCAGUUAUCGCCGCAGAGCAACCACAGCAGCAGCAACACCACCACCACCAGCAACACCAACAAUUCCAGUUCCAACAACAACAAUAAUAACAAUAACACGCAUAAUAACAACAACAACCACACGAAUAAUAACAAUAACACAAGUCAAAAGCAAGGACACCACUUGAGCACCACCGAAGAAACGCCAUCGCCCGCUGGCACACCACCGCCCACAAUUGUUGGUGUACCGCCAAUACCACCGCCCAACAACAACAACAGCAGCAACAGCAGCAACAACUCAGCUUCAGCCGCCGCCCAUCCGUCGCACCACCCAACCGCCGCACACCACUCACCAAGUACGGGUGCCGCCGCACCACCCGCCGGCGCCACAGGCUUGCCGCCACCCACACCGCCGCAUCACCUGCAACAACAACAACAGCACCCGGCACCACCACCACCCCCGUACUUUCCAGCUGCGGCACUGGCCGCCCUAGCUGGCAGUCCGGCCGGACCGCAUCCGGGCCUGUAUCCCGGCGGUGGAUUGCGCUUCCCGCCGCACCACCCGGGCGCCCAUCCGCACGCCCACCACCUGGGCAGCGCCUACACCACCGCCGAGGACGUCGUCCUCGCCUCGGCCGUCGCCCAUCAGUUGCAUCCAGCGAUGCGACCGCUCCGGGCCCUUCAGCCCGAGGACGAUGGCGUCGUCGAUGAUCCCAAGGUCACGCUGGAGGGCAAGGACCUGUGGGAGAAGUUCCACAAGCUGGGCACGGAAAUGGUCAUCACCAAAAGCGGCAGACAAAUGUUUCCGCAAAUGAAAUUUCGUGUUUCGGGACUGGAUGCCAAAGCUAAAUACAUCUUGCUACUGGACAUUGUGGCGGCGGACGAUUAUCGUUAUAAAUUUCAUAAUAGUCGCUGGAUGGUGGCUGGGAAAGCGGACCCAGAGAUGCCAAAACGCAUGUAUAUCCAUCCAGAUUCGCCCACAACGGGUGAGCAAUGGAUGCAGAAAGUUGUUUCAUUUCACAAAUUAAAAUUGACCAACAAUAUUAGUGAUAAACAUGGAUUUGUAAGUACUACGAUCCUGAACUCGAUGCACAAGUACCAGCCGCGUUUCCACCUGGUGCGAGCCAAUGACAUCCUGAAGCUGCCGUACUCCACGUUUCGCACGUACGUCUUCAAGGAGACCGAGUUCAUCGCCGUCACAGCAUAUCAAAAUGAGAAGAUAACUCAAUUGAAAAUCGAUAACAAUCCCUUUGCGAAGGGCUUUCGUGAUACUGGUGCCGGCAAGCGGGAAAAGAAUUGUUACAGGCAGGCACUGAUGUCGAACCGAGGGUCCGAUUCGGACAAGUUGAAUCCGACGCACGUGAGCAGCUCGCGGGCACCGCUUCACCUGGGACACGCCGGUCGUCCGCCUCACCUGCAUCCCCAUGCCUCCUUGCUUGAUAAUCAGCAGGACGACGACGACAAGCUCCUGGACGUGGUGGGUCCGCCCCAGAGUCCGCUCCUCCCGCUCAGCCACUCGCUGCAGCAGAUGCACGCCCACCAGCACUCCGCCCUGGCUGCCUGGUUUAAUCACUUGGCUGGCGCCGGAGCAGGAGCCUCGGAACACGCAGCUGCGGCGGCGGCCAAUGCCAGUGCGGAGGAUGCACUGCGUCGCCGUUUGCAGGCGGACGCGGAUGUGGAGCGGGAUGGCAGCGAUUCGAGUUGCUCGGAAAGCGUCGGCGGCAGUACCGGCGGUGCCUUUAGGCCCACCUCGACGGGCAGUCCCAAGGAGGCGGUGGGCGCGGCUGCAGCUGCCGCAGCGGCUGGCUUGAAUCCCGGUGGCGGUAGCUAUCCGUCGCCGAAUAUAUCGGUGGGUCCCCCCAUACACCCGUCGCCGCAUUUGUUGCCUUACCUGUAUCCACACGGCCUGUAUCCACCGCCGCAUCUGGGCCUGCUGCACAAUCCCGCUGCAGCGGCGGCCAUGAGUCCGGCUGGCCUCAAUCCGGGUCUGCUCUUCAAUGCCCAACUGGCGCUAGCCGCCCAGCAUCCGGCUUUGUUUGGCCAUGCCUACGCGGCGGCGGGUCACACUCCGGUCUCACCAUUGCAGGGCCUGAAGAGUCAUCGCUUUUCGCCGUACAGUUUGCCGGGCAGCCUGGGCUCCGCCUUCGAUGCAGUGACUCCCGGAUCGAAUGCCAAUCGAUCGGGAGAUCCCCCAGGCGGCAGCGGCCUUGGUGGUGGUGUGGUGGAGAAUGGCCCCAGGAGUCUGAGCUCCAGCCCUCGACCCCGACCUGCCUCCCACUCGCCGCCCACUCGACCGAUUUCGAUGUCACCCACAACGCCGCCAUCCCUGAUGAAGCAACCACGUGGCGCCGGUGUGGCCCAAUCCCAGCACUCGCCUUCGGAGCUGAAGAGCAUGGAGAAGAUGGUCAACGGCCUGGAGGUUCAACACAAUGGCAGUGCGGCGGCAGCAGCGGCGGCUCUGCAGCUGGCCGAGGAGGCUGCCCAGCACCACCACCUCACCCAGGCGCACCACCAGCAGCAGCAUCAGCCGCACCACCAGCAGCACCACCAGCAACCGGCACAACCACAUCCGCACCAUCAGACGCAUCUACACUCGCACCACGGGGCGACAGCGGGCGGUACGGAUCAGUGACAAUUACUGGACGGCCGCUCCGAUUGUGAGGAUGCCGGUCUCGAAUUGGAACUGGAGUUGGAGGAGGAUGUCGAGGAUCUGGAUCAGGAUCCGGAUGAGCAGGACGAGGAUCGCAGCUCGGUGAUCGAUCUCGAUCUGGACGUCGACGUCUGACCGCGAACGGAUCAGCGACAUUGCCUCUAGCCUCUGAACUACACGGCCACCGUCUUUGUGGUUUAGCGUAGCGUAUAUGUACAUAUAUAUAUCGGACGAUUUGGACUCUAGACUAUAGGCAUUUGUAGCAUAUAUAGUGUAUUUUCCUCUCUUGUUUUGCAAAACUCACUCUGCCCGUUUAUCGCCGGCGUAAAGUAAAUUUUUUUUUUCUCGUUUCUAAGCAAAGCCUACCCCCUAGAAAUCGCUGGCGAUUCACUGGCAAAGUGAUGGAGAGGUCUAUUGCAGACAGAAAAAUAACAAAAAAAUUAAAAAUGUAACAAAAAACAGGAAAAUGUUAAAGGGGACGUGGCAAAGGAAUCGACGUAACUUUUAGCGCCUUGAAGGUUCCACACUUCAAGAUCAAACAGACGGAAUAAAAAUGAGAAGUAAGGGCAUAAGCUAUCCUCAGACAAA